AUGAAAUUGCUCAUUGCUUUCUCUCUCUGGAUUGUGCUCACUGUACUCCAGGAACAAAUUUCUUGUUACUUUUUAAGUAUAUCUGCUUCUCCUGGCUACUAUCAAGACGGGGAUUUUGUGAUUGGAGGACUCUUCUCCCUUAAACUGUCAGGUAGACACAGCAAAAAUAAAUUUAAUUCUGGAAAUGAAUACAAUAUACCAGAAUAUGUUUACAUUGAUUUCACCAAACAUUAUCAGCACAUAUUGGCUAUGGUUUUUGCUAUAGAAAAAAUCAACAAGGACCUAAAUAUUCUGUUCAAUAUGUCCCUGGGAUUCCAUGUCUUCAAUGCUGACUUUACUGAGAUGAAGAUCAGCUAUGCUCCUUUUGACCAGAGCCUUGGGACCAGAGUCCAGCUNCAGUCUCCUUACCAGUUUCCUGUGCACACCGCAGCUCUGUAUCAGGGAAUUAUUCAACUGCUGCUAUACUUCACUUGGGUCUGGGUUGGCCUGGUGGUUCCAGAUGAUUUGCGGGGAGAACUCUUCCUUAGGGACNUCACAGAGGAGAUGAUGAACCAUGGACUUUGUGUUGCAUUUGNAGAAAAGGUUCAAGAAAUUAAUGCUGAGGACAAAGUAAACAAGAAGCUUUUAGAGGAAAAAUUCACAUCGACACGUGUUAUCAUUGCAUUUGGUGACACAUAUUCUCUUCUGGCACUUGCUGUUCACACCACUUUCUAUACUACUUUUCGUAAUGUCUGGAUCACAACUUCUGAUUGGGAUAUCACGUUUUAUUUUGAGCAACCUAGGAGUUAUGUAUACUUUGGUGGAGCAUUAUCAUUUACUGAUCGCAUGAAUCAAAUUCUGGGAUUCAAAGAUUUUCUCAGAAAUGUUCAACCUAGAAAAUACCCUCAAGAUAUCUUUAUUCAGGAUGUAUGGGUGAUCUUAUUUGAAUGUCCAUAUUUAAUUGAGUAUGAAGCCAGGCAACUAAGUCAAUGUGCGCCAAAUGGCAGNCUGAGCACACGACCUCUGCAUGUUUGGGAUAUGAAUACCUCACCUAUGAGCUNCAAAGUCCAUGCUGCUGUGUAUGCUAUUGCCCAGGCACUCCAUGAGGAGCUGUCCCUCAGAGUGGAAGGAGGAUCACUGGAUAAAAGUGUACUCCGGGCUCCUCUACCUUGGAAG